AUGGCCUCUCGCCUCCUCCUUUUCUCCUCUUCUUCCACUUCGCCUUUUCUCUCUGCAGCUCGCCCUUUGACCAACCGCACCCACAACAGCCUCUUCCGCCUCCAGCAACUCCAGCGCACCAUGGCCGACUCUGCGCCCCAAACGGAGUGGCUUGUCGUCGUCCCUGACUUUCCCAACACGAUCCAGAAGCGUCUCGACAUCCGUCCCACCCAUUUCGCCAACCUCGAGCCGGUCAAAAGCAGGCUCAAGUUUGGUGGUGCCAUCCUGAAGGACAAGCCUUCUGACCCCGCCGACCCCAAGACUUUUGACUUUGCCGGCAGCUCUUUCAUUGUGCUAGCUGACUCCAAGCAGGAGGUCAUUGAGUUCCUGAAGAAGGACGUUUACGUCGAGGCCGGUGUCUGGGACGUUGCGAAUGCCCAGAUCUAUGCGAUGAAGACUGCCUUCCGUGUACCAUAG